AUGGUUCGCGUCAGCCUCCUCGUGUCUUUGGCCUUGGCUGCUCAAGGUAUUCUGGCCCUUCCAGUGGAGCAGACGAGCGAUGUUUCAGCCGGACGUACCGAUCAAGCCGGGACGUCGGAUAUGUGCCCGGAGAGCGACCAGAUGGAUAAUGCAAAUUCUGGGACGCAAGAAGUCCAGAUGGAUCAUUCAAAUUCUGGGACGCAACAAGUCCCUCCGACUGCCGGUGGUUCAGGCGGACAGGAGGUCAACGAGACCAAAGAAGAUAGCUCUGAAGAAGAGAUUGCCUGUGAGCUAGAAGCCGCACCUGGACAGAGCUCACCGGGGCAAAGCAGCCCUGAGCAAAGCGUCACUGGGCAAAGCGUCACUGGGCAAAGCAGCCCUGAGCAAAGUGUCACUGGGCAAAGCGUACCCGGGCAAGAUAGUGUUCCUGAAAAUGACACUGAAGAAGGAAAUGCCUGUGAGCAAGAAGCCGCACCCGAGCAGAGCGGCGUGGGGGAUACUGUACCUGGGCAGAGCGGCCCUGGGCAAAGCGGCCAGGGGCAAACUUUACCUGAGCAAAGCGUCACUGGGCAAGAAAGUGUUCUUAAAAAUAAUACUGAAGAAGGAAAUGCAAGUGGAAAAGAGAAUAUGCCUGAGCCAGAUGACGUCUGUGAAAGCGUCUCCGAGCCAGGAACCGCCGCCGAGCCAGGAACCGCCGCCGAGCCAGGAACUGCCGCCGAGCCAGGAACCGUCUCCGAGCCAGGAACCGCCGGCGGAAAAGAAAAUGUCCCCGGCAAAGGAAGGUCCCGCGGAUCCCUCAAGUACGAAGAUGUCAAGAAAUGCAAAGAACAGCAGGACCAGACGAACAAAGAUCUCAGCGACUGCAGAGAUCGCAAGGAGGCCGAGGGCGGCGACAAAUCCGAGUGCAAGCCGCCCGCCAACCACAAAUCCCUCCAAGAAUGCCUAGACCGGGUCAAGGCCUUCAGAGAGCAGGUGAGAAAGACCGAGGAGGCGAAAAAGACUCAGCACAGGGAUGCGAACAAGGCCUCGGAGAAGAUUGUCGACGACGGCGACAAGCUGAUCUACGGCGACAAGCUGAUCUACGGCGGAGAGAAGAUCAAUCGCGCCCUCGAGUGA